UUCCCAGACUGCCUUAGCGUUUAUGCGACACUGCGCAUGUGCCAGGAAACAUGGCGGCGCCCUGACUUCCAAUGUGAUUCCUAGUCCCCGUUUCCUUGUGUUUUGUGAUGGUGAUGCUCCCGGACUGAGACACUUGGUUGAACGUUAUCGGAACCCUGCGGAGAUGGCGCUGCUUUGCUGUAGGUCGGGUCAGUUUUAUAGCCGGGCCUCCUCCUGUCACUUCUCUAAUGUCAGCAGCAGCAGCACAGUCCCCUGGUAUCGCGCGCAGCUUGAUAUGAAAGAUAAGGAGAGAAAACGACGCUCUGAGCCGCAGUCCAGCAGAGUCAGCAUCUUGCGGGAUCCUGGUGUUACUGUUGUGGAGAAAAUGACAAGAGAGGGAAUCUGCCAACAACUACUGGAAAAUGUGGUGUAUUGUAAAGAUCCAUUUGUGGCUAUAAAUAAACCCCAGGGUUUGUCCAUUACAGGGAAGGAGCAGGAGGAGUUGUCUGUGUUGGCUCUACUAGCAGAGCUGCAGCUGCACUUGGGACUCGGCAGUGACCUACAUAUAGUGAAAGCAGCACCAAAGGAGAGUUCAGGUCUGGUCCUUCUCUCUACAUGUUACAUGACCACAAAGAAACUUGAGGAUUAUUAUGCGCUUUGUCGUAAAGAUCAGAAGCCGACAGCGACUUACUGUGCAGUGAUGGCAGGGGUUCCUAAUCCAGCAGAGGGAGAAAUGAAAGCCGCACUGAAACUGGAACAAAUUGGAGACUGCCGAAUGGUUGUACCAGUCACAGAUCCAACUAAAGGGAGCCUGGAAAGAAGAGAAGUGAAGAGAACACUGACCAGAUAUAAAGUUCUAGACUCUGCGGAUGGCUGUGCUCUAGUACAGAUGCAGCCCAUGUCUGUUUUCCAAGCCCAGCUCUUGGUGCACAGCACACUAAUGUUCUGCCGAAUUCUCGGGGACCACACAUACUCUGCCCGGGUGGGGACGGUCCUGGGAGAGAAUAUUUAUGUUCCGGUGGAUAUUGCACUUCCCCGUACACAGGUGCUAGAAGAGAAGAUUUUGCGCCGGAUGCACUUCACACAACAGCAGAUGCAUCGCAUGCCCCUCCACCUACACCUUCAGCAACUCCGGAUUCCCGGUCAGUCUCCUGCAGAGGGAGACACCAUUCUUACUGCACCCCUACCCCCUUUUUUCCAACGGACUCUCCACCUUUUGGGACUUUCUAUGAAUAAGCAGCUUUGCAGUGGCAGAGACACUUCUACAACCAAAUAAAGAAGUUUUAUGCAAA